AUGGGUACGGCCGCUCUGGGGGCCGAAGUCGGUGUGAGGAUCGCACUCUUCGCAGCCUUUGUGUUGAUGGAGCUUCUACCGCCCUUCCAGAGGCUCAUCCAACCUGAAGAGAUGUGGCUCUACCGCAACCCCUACGUGGAGAACGACCACUUCCCCACCACGCCUAUGUUUUUGAUUGUAUUUCUGUGUCCUCUCUCCCUGAUCCUUUUGGUUAAAUGUCUCAAGAAAGCAGACGGGGCCGACACCAAGCAAGCUUGCCUGGCUGCCAGCCUUGCCCUUGCUUUAAAUGGAGUCUUCACCAAUACAGUGAAGCUGAUCGUGGGAAGGCCGCGCCCCGAUUUCUUCUAUCGAUGCUUCCCAGACGGGCAGGCCAACUCCGAACUGAUCUGCACUGGGGACAAGGAGGUGGUCACGGAAGGCCGGAAGAGCUUCCCCAGUGGGCAUUCCUCUUUUGCAUUUGCUGGACUGGCCUUCACGUCCUUCUACCUGGCAGGGAAGUUGCACUGCUUCACUCCACGAGGCCGUGGACAGUCCUGGCGGCUCUGUGCCUUUCUCUCACCUCUCCUCUUUGCAGCAGUCAUCGCUCUUUCCAGAACCUGUGAUUACAAACACCACUGGCAAGACGUGCUGGUGGGAUCCUUGAUUGGCCUUUGUUUUGCCUACCUCAGCUACAGGCAGUAUUACCCUUCCCUGACCGAUGCCGAAUGCCAUAAGCCGUUCCACUGCAAGCGUCUUCUCUCUACCACACACGAGAAACGUAGUGUCCCCCAUAGACUUGAUGUUUAGGAACUUCACCUACCUCCCAAGACAACAACAGCAUUCCAUGCUGACUCAUACCUCUUAACUGCCACAAGUGAGGACCUGGGCAAGACUGAACCCUUUGUCUUUCUGCGUGGCCAUAUCUGUACUGGCUCUUUUUUGCCACUGUACCAUUAGAUAAUCUCUUAUUGGGAAAGACCUUUUGAAAUGUAGAAGAACCAAGUUAAUGGUGAUAAAGGUGGGUUUGUUUGUUUGUUUUUAAUGAAAUAGUACCCAAGAAACAAAUAAAAAGGAUAAAUUUAGGCCAAGGAGUGAUAUCCUCAUGAAAUUAUUGUUAAGUCAGAAUUAUAGAACUUUUUUAAAAGGCAGUAAUAUAUACUCAAGUUACACAGAUGGUUUCGCCCAGCUUCUGACCGCCUACAUUAGACAUCCUGACUGCAUUAGGUUCACUGGGACUGAUUGGAUGGGAAUAUUUUCAGUCAAUUUAACAUUUAAUUCAAAGGCAGAGCCCUUGUAACCUUCUGUAUAGCUCUGUGUAUCUGCUCUAUCUUUGAAGCAGAAAAACAAAAUGCCUGUGUUAUAACUAGAGUUGAAAUAUCAGAAAACAAGACCCUUUAUUGCCCAGAGUCUCUAAAAUUAGAGCAGAACCAAACUUAUCUUUCCCGUCACUGUUACCUAAAUAUUUGAAUAAAAAAAUGUCCAAAUAUCAGAUCACUGUUCUAUGUUACAUGUCCUCAGCAGAGCUUACAUGUGAAGAUUUUUUAGUACUGUAGUAAACAUAAUUUGUUGUACAUAUAUAAAGGUCUGAAGAAACCCAAUAGGAGUAGAAUUUUAAUGAGUUUAAAGCAUAAGUCCACCACCUCAACUCUACCUUUCCCAUGAACUCUUUUUAUUAGGGACCAAAGAGUGAUAGGUAGAGCCAAAACAAAACUUUCUAUACAUAGCAUUAGCUUGGCCAAUUAAAUUAUUCCUAAUGUGGGGCGGGGGGAGGAGGGGUAGGUGAUUUAGUGGUUUGAGAGCUUGGCCUGGAGAUGAGAGGUCCUAGGUUCAAAUAUACAAUGUUAGGCACUCCCUACCUAGAUGACCUUGGAGAAGUCACUUAACCCCCAAUUCCUAGCUCUUACCUCUCUCUUUAGUC